CUGCAUGCUCUGUGCGAAGAAAUACAUCCCAUACGUGGGGGUGCUCGCUGUAGCGCAGGUCCGCCACCGCGGAGGUCGCUGUAGUUCACGCCGCUGGUCCACCAUCGCAGUCGAUCCGGGGAUGGCGACCGUUAGCAAACAAACAAAGCAGUGAACCAAAACAACCGAAAAUGCCUCCGAAGAAGCAACAGCUGAGGCCGACGGCGGCCAACGCCUCCAGCUCCCUGGACCUGGAGUCGGAGGACAUCAGCCUGGAAACCACCGUGCCCACCACGGAGGACGUCUCCUCGUCCGACGAGCAGCGGGACGGCUCCCACAAGGUGACCCGCCAGCUGAUCGAGAGGAAGGAGCUGCUGCACAACGUCCAGCUGCUGAAGAUCGAGCUUUCUCAGAAAACCCUGAUCAUAGACAACAUGAAGGCCGACAACAUGUCAAAGAUUGAGGAGCUGGAGGAGAUGCUCAACGAUGCUCUGCAUCAGAAACAAGUUUUGGCCCUGAGACUGGACAGCCAGCUGAAGCUCACUCAAGAGGAGAACAGGAAGCAGCAGGCUCUGCGUAAGCAGGAGAUGGAGGCCAUCCUGCUCCGGCAGCAGCAGCUGGAGGAGACCAACCGGCAGCUGUGCGAGAAGGCCGGGGAGCUGCGGCGGUCUCUCCGUGAUCUGGACCUCUCUCCGGAGCGGUACCAAGAGCUCCGUGACCUCGCCGACGACCAGAUCUCCAUACAGGAAUACGUCGCGGUGCGUUUCUACGAGGCGGUGACUCCUCUGCGGGCCCAGCUCGCCGAGCUCGGCGUGAAGAGGGACGGUUUGACUGACGACGCGAAUGCACACAGAGCGCAGAUGAAGGCUCUGAUGGAGAGCUACGAGGAGGAGCGGCGGCUACGUACUGAGCUGGAGUUGAGGAGCCAGAGACUUGCACUAGAACUGGCCGAUACCAAACAGCAGAUCCAAGAAGGAGACUAUCGCCGUGACAACUACCCCGCCAUCAAGCGUGAGCGGGACAUCUUUGAGGACGAACUAAAAGAAUUAAAGAGAAGAUUUGAGACACUAGACUUGAGUCACACAGCAGUGACCAGAGAAAGGAACGCACUCAGCAUAGAGGUGGCGACGUCGCAGCAGUCAGUGACUCUCCUGCAGAAGGACAAGGAGUAUCUGCACAGACAGAACAUGGAGCUCAGUGUCCGCUGUGCUCAUGGAGAAGACCGCCUGGAGAGGCUGCAGGUGCAAUUAGAGGACACUAAGAAGGCGAGAGAGGACGCCUAUGAAAAAUAUGUGGCAUCCAGAGACCGCUAUAAGUCCGAGUACGAGACCAAGUUGAGAGAGGAGCUGGAGAACAUCAGGCUGAAAACCAGUCAGGAGAUCGACAAUCUGCAGAGAACUUCCAGGGAGAUGUAUGAGAGGGAGAACAGAAACCUGCGUGAGGCCAGAGACAACGCCAUGCUGGAGAAGGACCGAGCAGUGGCUUCUGACAGAGACACCCAGUCCAGAUACGACCAGCUGCUGGAACAGUUCCGUCAGCUCCAGCUGGGCACCGACAGCCGCGUGUCGGAGCUGUGCAGCCGGGCCAAGCUGCGCUCCUUCGAAGCGGAGCGCGCUCAGAUGGCCAAGGACGAGACGGCCAAGGCGCUGGCCCAGUGCCAGGUGGAGUGUGAGAAACAACAGAGGAAGCUGGAGCUCCUCACGCAGGAGUUCUACCGGCUGCAGACGUCGUCGGAGAAGCGCCUGGCGGAGCUGCAAGCUCACAACGCCGAGCAGGCGUCUCGCCUGGAGACGUACGAAAAGCUCGAGCAGGAGCUGGACCAAGUCACCAUGCAGGCCGCCGAAAUUGAGAACGAAGAGGAGGCCGAGAGAGUGCUGUUCUCCUACGGCUACGGAGCCAAUGUUCCCACCACGGCUAAAAGGCGACUGAAGCAGAGCGUCCACCUGGCGCGCAGGGUGCUGCAGCUCGAGAGGCAGAACACGUCUCUGACGAGAGAGCUGGAGAGACUCAAGUCUGAGACGGGACAGCUAUCCGGAGAGUUGUUGGCUGCCAACCAGCUGUUGCAGCAGACACAGCAGCCCUAUGGCUACCUGAUCGAGACCGUGAGACAAAAGGACACGCAGAUCACCUCGCUGAAGGAGCGUCUCACCUCCCUCGAGGACGAUGUCAGUUCUCUGAGGAAAGAACGGACCGCCCUGCAACAGGUGAAAAACAACAUGGCCGCCGACCUGGAGAGACUCCUCAACCACCGAGAGGAGUUGGCGGUGAUGAAGCAGGUCCUGAUCAGCAUGCGUUCCGGACACGGAGACCCGUUGGAAGCGGACCAAACUGCGACGGGAACCUCUGGUGCAGGAAAACACCGGUACAAAAAAAUGAACCGCACCACAGAAGAAGAGUCACCAAACAAACCCAAACCCACUGUGUUUACUAAUAAAGAAGUUCCUGGUUGGUACAAAAAGACAAAGCAGAAACCCAAAUGAAAAGUUCCACUCUGUUACUAAUGGUGCUCGUAAUAGUCACUCAAGGCUUUAAUAAUCAUAUUUAGUUUUUUUAGGAUUUUUUAAAAGUCAUCCACUUUUGAAAUACAAAAGCAAAAACUGUC